AUGAAGAAGGAGCAGAGCUACGGAAGAAUUCUGAUAAUAUUAGUAGCAGCAUGGGUUUUAUAUAGGUGUUACGGGCUCAUAGUAAGGAGUAGGGAGGAGAAGAUUUCCACCGCGUUCCUUCGGGAUACCACCAUGGAUGGUGUCGAAAACUUCCAGACAAGAAAGAUGAGCAAAAAAGAGAUAAGGGAAAGGCUUGGAAGAUCUACAUGGACACUGUUGCAUACAAUGGGGUCUAGAUACCCUGCAUUUCCAACCUUCCAACAGAAGAAGGACACACUAACCUUCAUCCAUUUAUUAUCAUCAGUGUUUCCAUGUGGAGAUUGUACUAAACACUUUCAAAAGUUACUUCGGGACCAUCCUCCAAGGGUCGGAAGUAACGAGGAAUUCAAGGCAUGGUUAUGCGAAGUUCAUAAUGUAGUUAACGAAAGGCUAGGGAAGGCUGUUGUUGACUGCAAAACUGUCGAUAAUAUUUGGCAGUGCGGGUGCGAGGCUUAG